CCCUCACUAUUCUACACUAGUCUCAAACCAGGUCUCUUAAAAUGACGUCCUCAGCUGUGUCAAGAUUGUCAAAUCUCCAUGGCCAUAUUAAUCCUUCCAAUUCAAUCACCAAGAUUGGUGGGUUAUUGAAGCUAUCUGCAGAGGUUUCUCAAGCUUUAUCAUGUGGGCAUGCUGUUGUUGCCUUAGAAUCCACUAUUAUUUCUCAUGGGAUGCCGUAUCCCCAAAAUUUGGAAACUGCAAAAGAGGUGGAGGCGAUUGUGCGGAAAAAUGGAGCAGUUCCUGCUACUAUUGCAAUUUUAGAUGGCAUACCAUGCGUAGGCUUAAGUGUUGAAGAGCUAGAGAGGCUUGCUACUCUGGGAACUAAAGCACAGAAGACUGCUCGGAGGGAUAUUGCUUAUGUUGUGGCGACCGGAGGGAAUGGGGCAACUACAGUUUCUGCAACCAUGUGUUUUGCUUCUAUGGUUGGUAUCUCUGUGUUUGUAACUGGAGGAAUUGGAGGAGUUCAUAGACAUGGCGAACAUACAAUGGAUAUAUCUUCUGAUCUCACCGAGCUCGGCCGGACUCCAGUGGCUGUUGUUUCUGCUGGAGUGAAAUCUAUAUUAGAUAUUCCUAGGACACUUGAAUACUUGGAAACACAAGGAGUUUGUGUUGCCGCGUACAAGACAAAUGAAUUGCCUGCUUUUUUCACAGAAACCAGUGGCUGUAAGGCACCUUGUCGUGUAGAGACUCCUGAAGACUGUGCUCGGCUGAUAGAUGCCAGUUUGAAACUUAAACUUGGGAAUGGGAUUCUGAUUACUGCUCCAAUACCAAAAGAACACUCAGCUUCUGGAAACUUAAUUGAGUCAGCCAUACAAAAUGCACUUAGGGAAGCCAGGGAGAGGAAUAUAACAGGCAAUGCAGAAACCCCAUUCCUGCUUGCCAGAGUAAAUGAAAUAACGGGAGGUGCCUCACUGGCGUCAAAUAUUGCACUGGUGAAAAAUAAUGCUGUUCUUGGUGCAAAGAUUGCGGUAGCCCUUGCUCAGCUCAGAGAACAGAAUGAUAAAGCCUGACGAUUCGGAAUUCUGAGUGGGGAGGGUUCGUCCUUCAACCAAAUGUCCGCCAGGCUAGUUUUCUUUCCGUUGAUCAUGUGAAUUCUUUCUCUGCAUGUAAAUACAAUAACUUGAAUCACACUGAAUAAUUAGAUUUUGCCAAGUAAAUUAAUAUUUCUCUUUUUUUAUUUAAAAUAAACACGGAUGUUAUUGUGAUUAUUUGAUUCAGUUGUUGUUAUUGAA